UGUUUUGUUUAUCGCGGUUUACCGGUGUGCUUGCGCGUUUUUCCACGGCGUUUUUCCUCUAGUUUCGCGUUUCGCAGUCAUAUCCGUUGGUUUUCGGAACGAUGAUCAAGCGUCCCUCCAGCAAGGACAACGAAAAUGACAUCCUGCGGAUGCAGCAAGAGUUUCUUGCCGAUUCCCAGCGGAAGCAGGGUCAGUUUCAGCCGGCUGCCAAGGUCGUUCGAUUGCAACGGGAUGGUGGGGUUAAAGGAGCUCCGGGGCCAUCUGGGAAAGCUCCUCGUCAAUCCGAAUUCGCCCGGAAAAGAAACCAUCAGAAAGCUAAUCUUUCUGGCGAUGCCAGCAAAAACAAUGUUCCGGAACACACCAUUAUUGGAGAAAUCGUUGAAAAAACGUAUUGUAAGAAAAAUAUUCCGAUGGAAGUCGAUAGUCAUGAGGAUUCAAUUGGAAAAGGUGCUUUCCCGAAACCGAUUCAUUUAAAGGUUUUACCGAGCACUGGUUCGGGACCCAAAAAACAAAGCUUAUUCGCUCAAAUGUUCCAAUUAGAAGCGAAACAAGCUAUAAAGAAAUCGGAUGAAAAAGAGUCACAAGCUCCCGCGGAAAGCACAAUUUUAGAAGGAUCAGAAUCUCGAGAAAUUCAUGAGGAGAAUCUGGAAAAAAUGAAAAAGAUGAAUGAAGAGGAAAUCCUCAAUGAGCAAAAGCAACUUUUGAGCACAAUGGACCCCAAGUUGGUCGAUUUUUUGAAGAAUCGAAAGAAAGUCAAAGCUGUUGAAACAAAUCCACUGGAAGAAGAACCAACAGUUGAAAAGGUCGAGCCAAAAAAGGAAAUUUUACCGGAUUUGGCAGUUCUGGAACAUGAAGGUGCCGACCAGUGGAUAAAUUUCGAUAUAUUGGAACCGGAAAAGCUUGAGUGGACCAAAAAUAUAGAACUUAGCGUCAAGCAGCUUAAACCUGGAGAAACAUACGAAGCUCGAUUCGACUGGAAAGGAAUUCUGCAACCUUAUGUUGCAGAAAAAGUUUCCCAAGAGAAAGACGACAGGGAACUUUAUCUGCACGGAGAAGACGCUCAGCGUCCCGGCUACACUUUGCAAGAGCUAUUUCGUCUGGCCCGAGCCAAUGUCCUACAGCAAAGAAUUUCGGCAUUAAAUUCGAUCGCCGGCAUAUUGAACAUUUUUAAUCAGGGUUUCUACGAUGGGAUUCUGGAGCUCCCAAUUUCGAAAAUCUUCUUUUUCCUACGCUUUGCUCUGGAUGAAAACACUCCAACAGUCGUUGAAGUUGCCUCCAAAGCUUUGGCUUACCUUUUCUACAACGACACAGACGAAACUCUCUUGGACACCAUCUAUGACACCGAACGUGGAAUCUACCAACCGGAAAUGGGCCUAAACGUAACCCACAGCCGCUCCGAAGAAGAGGAAAAAACCCAGCAGAAUCUCCAAUCGACCUUCGACUCCCUCAAUCUUAAAGACAAAAACCCUAAAUCUAAAACUAGCAAAAAAGUCCAGUUCCAAGCCCAGCUUGACGACGAUCCGGACGAUCUUAACAAUCGGGAAACGAUGAACGAUUUCCAUCUUGCCGAAACCGAUCUGAUGGAAUGUUUUAUCAGAACCAAUAUUCUAGAACGAAUCCGUUACAUUCUGUUUAAAAUGAAACCGGAAGGAACGACCGCAAUCAGUUGUGUUAAGCUACUGAUCCGACUGGCCAGAACAAACGAAUCGAUCGCCGCAAAGGUGGCUUCCAAUGAGCAGCUUAUGGGUGGUUUGAUUAGGGGUUAUUUGGGAAUAAGUGAAGAAGAAGCCGCUAGUGGACGGAAUCAUCCCCAGUAUUUGGUGAUCAAACUGUUACGGGUGCUGUGUGCUUAUCCGGGUGGGUUUUACGAACGGUACCUGUCCCGGUACUAUGUGGAUAGUUUGUUGAAGCGGUUCGUUUUUACCCGGAGAGAUAUCAAUGUUAAAUUGGUACAAACUCAGAUCGAAGCGUUCCGAUUUUUCAGACUGUUCAUAAUACAGUCUGGAAAUCAAGCUCUCUACUGUGAUUUAUUGCCGGCUGCGCUGUACCUGCUGGAAUGGCACUAUCAACACCUCUCGCUGGAAGACCCGUCCGGACCUUUCAUCAUCCGUCAACACUGUGCUGCCUUGUUAGCGCUGAUUGGCUGCCCCGGUGACCCACUUCCGGCUGCCGGACCAUCCGGAUUCAACCCGCAGUCCCUGGACCGGCUGUUUGCCUGUUUCUGCAAAUGGUUUAACGUGGCGACCCGGUUCGGAGCAAAUGAGUUUUCCCAGAAAUUGGUUCUCGGUGCUUGUCUCGGAGUGGCCCGACGAGUACGGUCCAUCGCAGGAAGCAGCUAUCGAAAUUUCGUCGAGAGGUAUUUGACGUCCUUCAUCCGCAGCGCCCAGUUCGACGAGAUGAUGAAAUCCUUAAGUAACACGCUCCUGUUCCACGAAGACGCCGUAGAGGACCGAUGCACGAAAAUCCCCUCCCUUCCGAAUCUUGGUGGAAUUCUUUGCCGAGAAUCGCAUCCAUCCGGCGCCCCGACGUUGAUCCUCGCCAAAUCCUAUCCGAUUUUUCUGCUCCAUCCGCUUCUGCUGCUACUGAAGGACCACGCCGCGGACCAGUCGGAAGCAGACCGGGAACUUCUCCUCGAGUUCAUGAGUAAACGAUUCCUCACCGAAUAUUUGACGGGAUUGGCGGAUUGCGUAUCAAUGACGUCAACUGCCGGGAGUUCGAUUAGGAAAAGCAGCUCUCCGAAAACAAUUACCAGCACCGAUGGCGCUCAAUUGGCAGUAAAUUGGUUUUCGAAACCGGAGCUUUACUUCAUUUUGGAACUGCUGCUCGGAGUGAUGGUCCCGGAACGGUGGAAAUCGUCCUGUUCCAAGCCAGAGGAUGAAUCUGACGGGUGUCGGUUGCAGCAGUUAAAGCUGGCAUUUAAAGUGUUGCUGCACUUGAGUGAGGAAUUCCACGGACGAAUCGUUCAACUUUUCGAUCGCAUCGUGUUUGCUGUCGAUUUUUAUCGGCAUCAGCUGGGCGGCGUGGGCGUCGAGGUCAUCAAUGCGGAAGAACUUCAGCGGUGGAAAUUCAAUUACAAAAUCAAACUGCAAACGCUGCUCAAGAAUCAGAGCAAUGUGCUUGAAAGUGCUACCGAGAACUUUACCGUUGUCGAAUGGCGCGUCGCACUUCUCGGAAGAACUUGGCCCUACUCGUUGCUGUACUCGUUGCUGGAAAAGUUGGAGCAAAACAAACCACGGCUAGAGCAUUCCACGGAAGAGCAAAUAAUUCGAACUUCGCUGCUGUUUUCGGAGCUGGUGGAAACUCAAGGGGCCAUUCGACUUGCCACCGUUUCCCAAAAGCUGAUGUAUCUUAUGACAGCUUUCCUGGGUCCGGAUUCAAAAUUCCUGGAUGCUCAGAUUUCGCCCAUCAUCAGCCGAAGGAUCGAAGCUCUGCGCCAGGAAACCCUUGGACAGCCACCAUUUGAACUUGAAACUCGCCUUGAGGGGCGCAAAAGUUUCCAGGGUCUUUAUCAACUGGUGCUGGAUGUGUUCCAGAGCUCUAGCUACGGAUUCGCUCCCUUUGCGGCACUCGUCAUGGUUCCGUUGGCUCAGCGCUACGACAUCCAGUGGCGCAAUUUGGUAUGGUCCGAACACGUUGCGGUGCUGCGAUUCAUCACUUGCAGUGAGAAUGAGCUGUUCGGGACACUGGACGAUUAUUUACAACCGGAGGAAACCGAUACGACCCUUGUCAGAUUCUACAGCCAGGCGUUGAACAGCAACCUGCUGAGACCGAGUUCGAUACCCGCCCGAAUCGCAGCCCAUCAUGUGCGGGCAUUCCGCAGCCGGCUGGAGGCGGCUCAACCCGGUCCCGGAUCCAAACGUUGAAAAAUGCAAAGAAAUAUUGAAAACCGUUCCUUGUAGA